CUUUCGCCGUAGUAGGAUUAGUAAAUUCGCCGCGUCUCCCUGUCAUGCGCAACGGUGGCACUGCCAUGUUGGAUCGAAAGCUCGGUGCACAGGAGUUCAGAUGAAAGUUUAGAGUCUCAAGACGACAUUGGAUAACCAAACGUGGAUCGCGUUUUAUUUCUGGGACACAAGACCUCUCUCAACACACAGGUCUGAUUAUGAGAGUCUCCGGUAUCCGAGCCGCGGUGAUCAGAGAUCAAUGAACGCAUAUUUUCUGUUGAACACUUCCUGAUCACAAGUUCACACCAUCGGAUUGUCAAAAAUGAGCGGUCCACCUUCAAACAGGAGGCCUGCGAGCAAUGCUGGCUCCAUUCUUCUCACCCAGCAAGAAAACCAAGUGCUCGUCAACCAUGUGGGCAAGAAAUGCACUAGUUUGUGUUCAGCAGUGGUGCAGGUCUAUGGAGCAGACAGAAACUCGUCCUGGGUGAAGAAGUGCUGUGGGGUGGCCUGUCUGGUGAAAGACAACUCUCAGAGAUCUUACUUUAUCAGGGUGUUUGAUAUGAAAGACGGAAGACAAUUGUUUGAUCAAGAGCUCUACAACAACUUUUCAGUAAACUGCUCCAGGCCAUACUUUAUCACAUUUGCUGGAGAUACGUGCCAGAUUGGUCUCAAUUUUGCCAGUGAGGAGGAAGCCAGGCGAUUCAAGUCUGCUGCCGAUGAACCUCUGAAUAGAAAAGGGAGGAAAACCGAAAAAAGACGUGACCCACCUAAUGGACCAUCAGGACCUUCAGGACCAACACUUCUAAUGGCAACGGUGGACAUAAAGAACCCUGAAAUCAACAACCAGCGUCAUCAAAAUAACACUCAAAUGAACAACUUUAACCUCCACAGCAACUUCAACAAAAAAGACAAAGGCAAAAGCAAGAGCAAGAAGAAAAUAUCCAAAUCUGAAAUCGGCACCCCAAGCAAUUUCCGGCACGUAGGGCAUGUCGGCUGGGAUCCCAACACAGGCUUUGAUCUGAAUAAUUUGGACCCAGAGCUAAAGAACCUGUUUGACAUGUGUGGCAUUUCUGAGGCCCAGCUCAAAGACAAAGAGACGUCUAAAGACAUCUACGAAUUCAUUGAGAAGAGAGGAGGAGUAGAGGCUGUCAAAAAUGAACUACGACGACAAGCACCUCCACCUCCACCAUCCAGAGGAGGACCGCCACCUCCUCCACCUCCUCACAACUUUGCUCCUCCUCCCCCACCUCCUUCCAGAGGCAGAGGAGCACCGCCUCCACCGCCGCCAUCAAGAGUGCCCACCUGCGCUCCUCCUCCACCUCCUCCAUCCCGACCAGGCAUAGGUGCACCUCCACGUCCUCCCCCCAGCAGAGGGCCCGGGUCGGCUCCCCCGCCACCUCCUCCACCCCAGCCUGCCUCCCUGUCUCCUCCGGCCCCUCCACCUCCCCCUUCAAUUGGCGGAGCACCACCGCCGCCGCCGCCUCCUCCGGGACCCCCUCCUCCCGCACCUCCUCCGCUACCGGACGGGGAUUUAGGGGAGGCGCCGGGGGGUAAAUCUGCACUCCUGAACCAAAUUCGAGAAGGGGCACAGCUGAAGAAAGUGGACCAAAACAACAAGCCGCCCGUGUCCGGUGGCGGUGGCGGUGGCCGUGGCGCACUAUUAGACCAAAUACGACAGGGCAUUCAGCUUAAAAACGUAAGUACAGUGCUUUUAUUUUUAAACCAAUGAGAAAUGACGGAAAAU